GAUAGGGUGAACGGUGACAGGGGCCCAAGCCUCAGACACAGAGCAAGGCAUUUCAGAAAGAAAUCUGAGAGAAGCCCACCCCAGAGGAAAGACUUUGUCCCGAGAAUGGCUGGUAUCGGGAUAUUGGUCAACAUCAUCUUAGUGGCAACUGCUGUCUUUGAGAAAGGAGGAUGUGCUGGACCUCCCGGGGUACCGGGAUCUCCGGGACCUCCAGGCCUGAGAGGGCUUCCUGGUCCCAUAGGGGCCCCAGGUUUCCCAGGACUUCCAGGACUUCGAGGACAGAAUGUAAAAUGCCCAUGCGACAGAAAGUCAGCCUUCACUGUGAAGCUCAAUGGCAAGCUGCCUUCACCAUCGAAGCCUGUCACCUUCACAGAGGUCCUGUACAACGCUCAGAGAGACUUAAACGAGGACACGGGGGUCUUCAUAUGCAGGGUGCCAGGAAAUUACCUUUUCCUCUUUGAUGUAGAGCUCCGUCACUGCAAGGUGACCAUUUGGCUGAUGAGGAACAAGAACCCUGUCUUAGAAAAGCAUCAGGUCUCCACCAAAGAGUACAGGAAUCUCUCAGGCAUGCUGUCCCUUCCACUGAGCGUGGGUGAAACGGUGUGGCUAGAAGCUGCAGUGGAAACUGAGGAGCCCGAGCAAGCCACACUCACCAUCUAUUUCUCUGGUUUCCUAGCCUCCAUAUAACAAAGACAAACCCCUUAUGACUCUGCUGUCUGAAGCAAGCAAGCAAGCAAACAAACAAAUAAGUACACACCACAUCUUGACCUCUUGGACUUUUCCUUAGCAUUUUGGAAUUUUGGUAAAUAGAUUCUACAUUUAUAGGAGGGAACAGGUAGAUUUGAUCACAGAGGAACUGGGCUUUAGAACUCUGUUCCAGAAGUCAAAUCUGUUUCACUUAAAAAUCACUCUUCUAAUAAUUACCCAGGCCACUCUGUCUCCUUGUCCCCAGACCCUACUGUUGGAUGGAAACCCUUUUAUCUAAGAGAAGCACACACAUGGUCUCCCUUUACCCAAGCUACUUCUCCAUCUAACUGACAGUUUCCACCAUGAGCCCUUCCUCAUCCCUCCAAUUCUUUCCUCUUCUAUCCUUCACUCUGCAUAUUCUGUCAAGUCCUUUUUACAGCAAAAAGGUUGAAGUGAAACACGUUGCCAUUAUUCCGCUUACGAUAAUGAAAGAAUGACCCCUCCUUCCAAAGCUACAAAAACUUGGGGAAAUAUUGUAUGAUUUCAGGUAACACUAACUAAUGAAACAGGUUAAAAGGGCUUGCUUAACUCAAUAGAAAUUUAUUUCUCACUCAUUAAAGUUCCAGUAUUGAUAUUGUUGGCUGGAGGUUGAAUUUCUCCUAAACAGUGAUUCUGGGGUUCGGGUUCCUUUCCUCUCUUGCCUCUGCCGUCUUUGACAUGUAACUUACAAGCUCUCCAUUAUUUCUGUAUCAAGACAGCAAAAGGCGAAAGAUCACAGAGAGUCGCAUGUGAAAUGUUUUUAAUGGGCAAGGCCAAGAGAUGGGUCACGGAAUUUUUGCUUGCCUGCCAUUGACAAAAAUUCAGUUGUUAACCAUCCAUAACUCUACCUCCUUUGGAAUUUUGGUGAAUAGAUUCUAUACACUUAAAAAUCACUCUUCUCAAAAAUAGAUUUAAAAAAAAUUUCUUCUGUACAGCACAGGCAACUAUAUUCAGUAUCUUGUAAUAACCUUUAAUGAAAAAAUAUGAAAAUGAGUAUAUUAUAUAUAUAUGCAUGCCUGGGAGAUUAUGCUGUACAUCAGAAGUUGACACAUUGUAACUGACUAUACUUCAGUUAAAAAAAAAUCAAUUAAAAGAAUCACUCUUCUCAUA